GCCAAGUCAUCUCUCACAAGCAACAGUGCCAAAAUUUAUUAACUUUCUCUCACAUAGGGAUCUCAUACUCAUCAGAAAUCCUUGAACCUUAGAGGUUCUUCAGUUACAGAGAGCACUUAUGGCAGGAAGGUACUGUUGCAGAGAUGUGUUACCAUUUACAUCCCUAGUGGCAAUGGAGUGCGUGAACGUGGGCUUGAAUACUCUUUACAAAGCAGCCACUUUAAAGGGCAUGAACUACCAUGUCUUUAUUGUCUACGCUUAUGCUAUUGCUGCUCUUGUUCUUCUUCCUGCUCCUUUCAUCUCCUGCAGAUCAAGAGUGCUUCCUCCUCUAAGCUUCUCUAUACUCUGUAAAAUUGGUCUUCUUGGGCUUAUUGGAUGUUCAUCUCAGAUCAUGGGCUUCACAGGCAUAAAGUAUAGUUCUCCAACUCUUUCUUCAGCCAUUAGCAACCUCACACCAGCUUUUACUUUCAUCCUUGCCAUCAUUUUCAGGAUGGAAAGGGUUGCUCUGAAAAAAAGAAGUAGCCAGGCCAAAGUCUUGGGCACCAUUGUUUCAGUAGCAGGUGCAUUUGUAGUUACUCUAUACAAAGGUCCACCAAUUAUCAUUGCUUCAUCACCAUCUAUUUCACUUGGUCAAUGUCUUCAAUCAACACAUCCAAAUUGGGUACUUGGUGGCAUUCUCCUCACAGCUGAGUAUAUACUAGUUCCAUUGUGGUAUAUUGUUCAGACACAGAUAAUGAAGGAGUACCCAGCAGAGCUCACAGUCGUUUUCUUCUACAAUUUAUCAGUGAGCAUUAUGGCAGCAAUUGUGUCUCUGGUUACAGAAGGAGCUUCAAGUGCUUGGAUUGUACGACCGGGUAUAGCAUUAGCCUCCAUCGUUUGCUCGGGACUGUUUGGAUCAUGCAUGAACAAUACUGUUCAUACAUGGGCCUUGAACUUAAAGGGACCUGUCUUUGUAGCAAUGUUCAAGCCCUUGUCAAUUGCCAUUGCAGUUGCUAUGGGUGCCAUGUUCCUUGGCGAUGCUCUCCAUCUUGGAAGUCUCAUUGGAGCAAUGAUAAUAUCUAUUGGGUUUUACACUGUAAUGUGGGGAAAAUCCAAAGAAGAGUUGAGUGAGAAUUAUGGUGCUACUAAUCUGGAAUCUUCAUCAGCCCACAAGGUCCCUCUAUUGCAAAACUACAAAGAUGAACUUGUAUAGCAUAUUGAUUGUUGCCUAUUUCCAUUCUAGAAACAUAAGGACGCAUCUGUCGUCAACAACACCAAAUGCAUGAGUGGUCAUGGCUUGAAAAAAUGCAGGAAAUGACUCCUAGUCAUAGCAGCCUUAGGUCACCUGCAAGUGUAUCAAAUGGUAGGCUCAAGUAACAACCUGUAGAAAAUGGAUAGAAGCUGUAUGUACCAAAUAUCAAAUUACUAGUAGUCUGUUACUUAUUCUCACUUCUUUCUGAA